GACAAGACGUUUGAUGACGCCCCUGCCGAAGAGGUCGUCUGCGAAGCAACGACAUCCAACGGCGAACCAUCGCACGCUGCUGUCUCCAAGGACGUCAGUGACCAUCUGGAGGAAGAGGCAUCUGAUGUGACCCCUGCUUUGGAGGACGUUGGCGAGACCAUGCUUACAUCUGCGAGAGCGCGGCCAUGGAGCGUGGAGAGGAAGUUGGCACAAAGCGAGUCGUCGAGUGCUGGCUCCGCCAUCGCGCCCGAAGAGACAGGGACGUCCAAAUUCGAACCGUUGCGUACAGUCUCCGAGGAAACGUCUCGAGGCGAAGUUCCCGGAGUGUUUGGCAGCUCUGAGCCAAGUCAUGCAGUCCAUUCGUCCGACAAGACGACCAGGCAUGCAGCUGUCGCAACAGAGGUCAGCGACCUUGACGCCGAAGGGCAAGCUGACAGCAUUCCCACCAAGGAGCUGAUGCGUGGACAGCAAGUGCUGCUGUCCGGCUCGCUUUCGCACAGCCAUGGCAGCGGCUCUGGUGUUCCUGUGGUGGCCCAGGUAAACGAGCUUGACGCGGGAGGGAUGGUACACAUCAGACUGUCCGAUCAGCAGCUCGCAUGGGUCAACCAGAAGAACGUGCAGCCGGACCAG